GCAUUGGAUCCCUCAACGUACUGCGAUCCCCCGGUGUACAGCCCGGACCUGUGCCCCAACAUGAUCGCCGCCCAGGCCAAGCUGGUAUACCAGCUGAACAAAUACUACACGGAACGCUGCCAGGCCAGGAAAGCGGCCAUCGCCAAGACCAUCCGGGAGGUGUGCAAAGUGGUGGCCGACGUCCUGAAAGAGGUGGAGGUGCAGGAGCCCCGCUUCAUCAGCUCCCUGACCGAGAUCGAUGCCAGGUACGAGGGCCUGGAGGUGGUCUCCCCCCCCACCGAGUUCGAGGUGGUGCUCUACCUCAACCAGAUGGGGGUCUUCAACUUCGUGGAUGACGGCUCCCUGCCGGGCUGUGCGGUGCUGAAGCUGAGCGAUGGUCGGAAGAGGAGCAUGUCCCUGUGGGUGGAGUUCAUUACGGCCUCCGGCUACCUCUCGGCCAGGAAGAUCCGCUCCCGCUUCCAGACUUUGGUGGCCCAGGCCGUGGAUAAGUGCAGCUACCGGGACGUGGUGAAGAUGAUCGCCGACACCAGCGAGGUCCGGCUCCGGAUUCGGGAGCGCUAUGUGGUGCAGAUCACCCCGGCCUUCAAGUGUACCGGCAUCUGGCCCCGCAGUGCGGCGCAGUGGCCCUUACCCCACAUCCCCUGGCCGGGCCCCAACAGGGUGGCAGAGGUCAAGGCGGAGGGUUUCAACCUGCUGUCCAAAGAGUGCUACUCCCUGACCGGCAAGCAGAGCUCCGCCGAGAGCGACGCCUGGGUGCUGCAGUUUGCCGAGGCCGAGAACCGGCUGCUGCUGGGGGGCUGCAGGAACAAAUGUCUGUCCAUCCUGAAGACCCUGCGGGACCGGCACCUGGAACUGCCCGGACAGCCGCUCAACAACUACCACAUGAAGACCCUGCUGCUCUACGAGUGCGAGAAGCACCCCCGUGAGACCGACUGGGACGAGGCUUGCCUAGGGGACCGGCUCAAUGGCAUCCUCCUCCAACUCAUCUCCUGCCUGCAGUGCCGCAGGUGUCCGCACUACUUCUUACCUAACCUGGACCUGUUCCAGGGCAAACCCCACUCUGCCCUGGAGAGUGCGGCCAAGCAGACCUGGAGACUUGCCCGAGAGAUCCUCACCAACCCCAAAAGCCUAGAUAAACUAUGA